AAUCGAUCAAAAUAGAAGAAGAGCUAAGAUUUCACUUUCUGCAGAUCGAAACCCUAAUUUGUUUUCUCUCAGUUCUUCCUUCCUUGUAGAAUCCGCCGCGUUUUUUUUGUUUCCUUUAUUAACCGAUGGAUUGUGUAAUCCCCUCGUAGAAGAAGAACCCUAAGCUGUCGAAGAAGACCGAUGAAGCUGCUCCUGCUGAAUCCUGGGAUCCGUUGUUAGGUUUGGUUAGGGUUGGAUGAUGCGUCUUCUUCGUUGAUUUGAAUGUUAUUUGGUGAUUAGGAGAAUAGUGAAUACUUCAGAUCCAUUGUUUUUUUUUUUUAAAUAAUUUUACCCAAAUUAUAACAAAGACUAGAGUAGAGCAAAGCAAGCUUGAUUGGACUUUGUCCAGCUAAACAUCUUGUGGGCUUAUACAAUGAGUAUACCAAAUGAGCAACAGUUUGCCAUGGAUGAUCAACUUGUCAACACCACCACUGAUGAUGAAUCCACAAAGAAACCUAGAGUUUCAUACACGAGAAAGUUUCUCUUAUCGUUAAGCGAUAAGGAUGUUUGCAAGAAACUCCCAAAUCUUCCCUCUGAGUUUAAUGAUUUACUCUUGCGUGACUCUGAUGAUCCUUCACCCGAGCGCCCGAGAAUUUCUGGUGGUUUGAGGCGGAAUGACUACAGCUCGUCGCCUCCCACCAGAGGUGAAUUUGGUGGUAACUCUCGAGGCACACAUGGAAGAUGGGAAGGGCGUUCUGGUGGAUGGAAUGAUAAAGAUAGUGAUUCUUCACAUUCUGACCGGGACCCAGGUGAGCUUGGAAGGCGUUCUGGCAUGCCAUCUCGGAGGCCUUGGCAAGCACCGGAGCAUGAUGGACUUCUUGGGAAAGGUUCUUUCCCCAAGCCUUCUGGACUUGGUGCGGGACCAGCUGGAUCCAAGCCCCCUCAAUCUGAUGACUCGUAUCAGCUGCGUAAAAGCAAUGAACCUUACCAUCCUCCUCGCCCAUACAAGGCCGCACCUUACACAAGACGUGACACUAGAGACUCAUUAAAUGAUGAGACGUUUGGUUCUUCUGAAUCUACAAAUGAUGAUAGGGCAGAAGAAGAAAGAAAAAGAAGAGCUUCUUUUGAGUUGUUGAGGAAGGAACAUCAAAAAGUAUUCCAGGAGAGGCAAAAGUCAAACCCAGACCUACGUAAAAACGACUUUGAUUUUACGGAACUGCUUGGGGAGUCCAAAGAUGAAAAAGAGCGUCCAAGCAGAAGCGAUGAGGUCAACAACAAUCCAUCAAUUCCUAACCACUCGACUCCUCCUCAAAGUAUUGCACCCAGACCGCUUGUACCUCCUGGUUUUGCAAGCACAAUUUUGGAAAGAAAGCAAGGGGAAAAACCUCAAACUGAAACUUCUCAACAUGAACGUAGUCCUUUGAUUCCCAAAGGCAUUAAUGUGGUGAAUGGAGCGUCUGUUACUAAUGAAGAAAAGCCGUCGGUAUUUAGGAUAGGCUCAAGUGAGAUGCCGAUAGAAGCUGCUGAUGAAGCUCCAGGAUAUCCUAGAAAAGUUGAGCAAGCUACAGUGAAGUUGGACCAGAAGAAAAGCUUGGAGAUUUCUGAUGAGCCGUCCAUUCUGGAUAAGAUUUUCAACACUGCUAUAAAUUUGAAUACUGGCGACUCCUCUAAUAGUACUCAGAAGAAAAUUGUCGAAAAGGUAGAAGAGAAACGGAGCCCUCAGACUUUUAAAUCCUCAAAGUUCGCGCAUCUGUUUCUCGAAGAAGAUAACAAGCCAGUCGAAGAUCUUCCAUCCAGCAAGCCACCAAGAGGCUUACUAUCACUACUUCAAGGUGCAGAUAAAUUGCAAACCUUUGAGACAGAUGCUAAGGGUGAACAUUCGAUGGAUUUUCCUUAUCAAGGCCAUGUCACUAAAAACACUGAUAAGUUAAGCAACACUUCCGCAACUAAACCAGUAAAAGCUGCUCCACCUGUUCUCACUUGUGAAGAUCUUGAGCAGUCUAUUCUGUCAGAAGUCAGUGAAAGCUAUCAUCCUCCUCCUCCAGCGCCAGUUGACCAAGACUUGAGUGUUUCUUCAGUGAAGAAGACCAACCAAGGGAAACCAUCUGUUGAUAACCACGCUUCACAUCACCUUCUUUCAUUAUUACAGAGAAGUGCAGACCCGAUUAGUCAAGAUACGCAGCUGCUUUCAGUCACAGAGAGUAGACCACCACCAUCUGUGAAACCACCUACAGCUGGAGAAGCAGACCCGGGGAAGUCUUUGACCCUUGAGAAUCUAUUUGGGAGUGCCUUCAUGAACGAACUGCAGUCAAUUGGAGAACAUGUGGUUUCUAACGCUCCUGGUAUCCCGCUUCGAUCAGACGGAUCUAUCAGUGAUCCGAGACAAAGAAAUCAAAUCAGACCUGACGGUCUCCUCGGUGGGCUACUAGGCCUUCCAGAAGAUGGUAACUUACUUGCAGUUAGCAAUCCUGCAAACCCACAAAGUUACAUGUCUUUUCCAGGACCUCGUAAUCAGAAGCCUGAAGUAGCUUUCAACAUCUCUGACAAGCUAGCUGCUUUAAACUCUGGUCCAAGGAACGAAAGACCAACAUUGGGAGGUCCAGAUGGUCCUUUUCUGCACCAUCAUCCCCAACAGUACGCAGCCAACCCUUCUCCUCACUUGAAUGGUUCACGCCCGGGUUUCCAUCCUUUGGAUACUCGACAUGCUCACAUAAAACCUCAGCUCGAUUUCAUGGGCCAAGGAAGCAUCAUAGCUCAACAUCAGGGUCCUCCACCAAACAUGAUUCAUCGCCCACCUUUCAAUCAUUCAACUAGUGGAGUUCCGGAGUUUGAUCGCCUUCCUCCACAUAUGCAGCAGAAGAUGCACAUGCAAGACAACUUGCAACGUCAUCAUCUAAUGCAAGGAUUCCCCGGUGGUGGUCCACCUGGUCCACCUGGUCCACCACACCAUCACUCCCCUCAUGUAAACAACCAAAUGCAUGGUCUCAUCCCCGAGUUAAAUCCAUCGCAAGGCUUCCCCUUCGCCCAUCACCAGCCCAACUACGGUAUGCCACCAGCAGGUUCUCAAGGCAACAGAGUGGAACAUCCAGCUUCACUGAAUACGCUCUUAGGGAUUCAUCAGAGGAUGGACCCGUCCAAGCAACCUCCGGCAAUGGGUCAAGCCGGUGGUCCUAAUCGUCAGGGAUCUAUGGGUCAGGAACUCGACCUUGGCUUUGGCUAUAGGUAAUUCUGCUCUAUUCACAAUCCCCUUUACAGUUUACAGUAAGUUGCUUUGUGAUGUGCAAAGUAGUCAAAUCAUCAUUUGAAGGAAAAAAAAAAAGAGAAAAAGAAAAAAAAUAUGUGAACUGUCUUUUCUACUGGAGCUUGUGAUAUCUGGAUGCUUUUUUAAUUAACAGUAGUUUAUUUUGAUGACUUUCGAGUCCUUGUGGUUGCUAUUAUCUAGUUCAUGUUUCUGUUCGUUGAAACCCGUUGCUCAAAGUUUUUCUUUUCAGAUUA